AUGGGAAACGACUUUCGAAGCCAGAAAGGGUGCUGGACGUGUCGUGUAAGGAAACGCAAAUGUGACGAGAAGUAUCCAAUUUGUUCAACUUGCAGAGCAUUGAAAUUAGAAUGUCACGGCUACGGGGCUCAGCCCGAGUGGAUGGACAGAGGCGCAAAGCAGAAGGCACAAGCGUUGAAGAUCAAACAGAUGGUAGCAGAAGUGAGAAGUCAAAGACGCAAGAACCAGAAUUUAAGUGAAAAUACGCUUUCUCGGAAAUGCUCAAGAGAGCAUUCUCACUCUCGCGAUUCUAGUAUCAGCUCGAUAUCUGUUGCAACCCCAACAAAUCUCGAAUCGACGUAUUGGGAACAUGAUCAUUACUUUCCUCUUCCGACCACAACUUCAUCUCAUUCGGACGAUUCAGGAUAUUUUGCUUCAUUAAAUGAAGGUGAAACUUGGGAUCUUCUUGCUACUUGCCCGACGUUUACGAAGCAAGCAGCAUUAUUAGACGGAAAGUCCCAAGCCGACGACUUCACGCUAGACGAUGCUCUAAUUUCUCAGCACAACAUCCACUUUCCAACAAUUGGCAUUGUUGAGUCUGACAUGACUGCACUGGGGCUCACUUCUGGGUGUGGGCGUUCUGAGCAAGUCUCUAUUGAAAUUACCCCAGCUGUUUGCAAUAAGUCAAUACUAGCUAUUGAAAAUUUCGAAGAAGCUACAUUACUGGCCUAUUACUUCGAGAAAGUUUUCAACUGGCAGUUUCCCUUUAAUCGGUCUCACCUGCCUGCCUUUAAUCAUGGUCAUGUCAUGUGGUUGAUAUCCAAAUCACAACCCCUCUAUCAUGCGACUUUGGCAUUGAGCAGCACAUACAAGGCUAUCCAGGAGAACAAAUUCAGCCUUGAGCGCACGCCUCAAUAUGAUUUGGCAAUUAAGGAGUUCCAAAAUAAUCUGAAAGACCCCAAAUCUUAUGAAGAGGUUUCACUUUUGAUGUGCAUUGUCAUGCUUUUACACUCUGACGUAAGUUACAGUAACCCUCGCAACGAAUUCGUGGAUUUACUGAUGAUUUUGUAUAGCUGUUGUACGAGUCUGGAUAUUCUGACUGGUAUUUUCAUCUGCAAGUCGGCCUUUCUAUCGUCACAUCAUGGAUUGAUUAUCAGGAUCAAAACCUUAUCUCUCAUCAUCCGUGCCGUAAUGAAAAUGAAAAUGAAAAUGGCAAUGAUGCAAAUAUGAUUGCACCAAUGAAGGUCUUUUUGUUAGGAUAUAUCAUCAGAUUUGAUAUACUGUCAAGUAUAACAAGAGACUCCGCCCCUAUUUUGAGCCAUCGAUAUCAGCAAAUUUUCCAGGCAUCUUCUUACGGCAUGCAACUGGAAAACUCCCUUCAAUGUCGCAGUUGGCUGUUGAGCACACUUUUAGACAUAUUUUUAUUGCGAGAUUGGAAGGAGAGGACUGAAGCUUGUGGACUCCUCAGUCUACGAGAGCUGAUAUCAAAAGCCUUCCCGAUUAAGCAGACAUUGGAACGUGGUAUUGAUCUUAACAUGAAAGAGCUCUUGGACGAUAAUAAUGACCUCGAAAGUGUUUAUAGCGAUCCAAAAGUUGGAUCUCGACAACGAAAUCACGAAAUCUUGGUAGUGACACACAUUUUCGCAUGCUCAGUAUCCAUAUUUCUGGAAGUGGUUCUCUCUGGCGCCCUGCCAAAGCUGCCGGAGAUUCAGUAUGAAGUCAGUCGUGCUAUCGGCUCUUACGCAUACAUCAAUGAUCCCGCUUUAUUGGACCUAUUACACUGGCCAAUAUGCAUAGCUGGUUCUGUUGCAGAGCCGGAUCAAUUUGACUUUUUUAGAGGGUUGCUGUCGUCGCCAAAUGUGAUACGUGGAGGUGCAUUUCGUCGGUCACUUGCGCGUCUCGAGGAGUGCUGGGGUACAAGUCUCUACUCAAACCAUACUGACACUGCUAUCGAUAUUACGAAGCUUUCAAGGUUUAUGGCUUGGGAUAUUUUGAUCGUGUAG